UCCCGCCACUGGGAUUUCUAUCAACGCGUAAAGAAAAAUACGUAAGGAGACCGACGGAAUAACAUAGCGGUAAAAACUGACCAUUUCUUCCGCUAAAAUGGUCCUCUCAGAGGAAGCGGAGGACAGCGUCCAACAGCGAUAUGAUGAACUGUGUCUUGAUCUUAACAUGGACCGAAAUGCUAAGGAAGAAGCAUGGCAGUCGUUUCAAAGGAUCCAAAUGAGUUACACUCUCGAGGGGGAUAAGAUUCAGUGGCUGGCAUGUGCACUGUACGAUGCCUGCAGGAGAACAGUUGUCCCAACAGUUGGGAAAGGAACCGUGGAAGGAAAUUGUGUUUCUCUUACUCGACUUCUUCGAUCAGCCAAAUUCAGCCUUAUUCAAUUUUUCAACAAGAUGAAGAAAUGGUCCGACAUGGCAAGUUUACCAGAAGACUUCAGGAAUAAAGUUGAUCGAUUAGAAAGGAACUUUGCCGUGUCAACUGUUAUCUUCAAAAAAUUUGAGCCGAUUUAUUUGGAUAUAUUCCGAAACCCUGCAAGCGACAGUCCCCGUCAGCCUAGAGGUCGAAACAAAAGGCGUCUACCAUGUACAGUUACUGAUGUUUUUAAUUUUGCUUGGACCAUGUUUGUACAAGUUAAAGGUAAUUUCCCGGCAAUCAGUGAUGAUCUUGUGAAUUCAUAUCACUUGCUUCUCUGCUGUAUUGAUUGGUUCUUUGCUAAUGCCUUAUUAGGAGGUAGAAAAGAUCUCCUUAAUCCGGAAUUCUCAGGUUUACCAGAAGGCUAUGAAAGUCGUGAGUGGAAACCACCUGCUGAAGCUCCGUGUAUUAUUAAACUUCUCUGCGAUAAACAUGAUGGACUCGGUCUAGAAGCGAAAACUAUCAAAGAACAUUGGUGGAAACCCCACAUUAAACGACUGUUCGAAAGAAAGAGCUUGAAAGGAAAAAUAGAUACAUUAUCUGCUGUGUUGGAAGUGGGGAAUUUUGAAUUUAACAGUAAAUCUGUAAAUAAUGCGUACGAGGAGUAUGUAUUGAGUGUGGGUGAUUUUGAUGAGAGAAUAUUUCUAGGAGACGAUGCGGAAGAAGAGAUUGGUACACCAGGAAAACCUGGAACCACUCUAGCUGAACAAAUGCAGGCUAAACGAACCUUAAAACAACAUGUUGAUGAGACAAAGACAUUGGCACCAUCCACACCCCUAACAGGUCGCCGUUAUCUAAAAGAAAAGGACCUGAGUAUUACACCCGUUUCCACAGCAACACAGAGUGUAGGACGACUACAAGCGUUAUUAUCAGGUCGUAAAACAUGUCCGAGUGAUAAACUUCUGGAAUAUUUUAGUGAAUGUAGCAGGAAUCCUAAAGAUGGAAUCAUCGCCAGGGUUAAAGAAAUGGGUGAGACUUUCUGUACCCAUUAUUGUCAGCCGUCCAAUGAUCAUCCCGGUACCCAUAUAGAUUUUGCUCGUCGUAGAUUACAGCUCGGUGAGAGUUUAUAUUAUAAAACUCUAGAGAACAUUAUUGAAGGAGAGAGAAAGAGACUAGCAGAAAGAGAUCUUUCAAGUUUAUUAGAACAAGAUAUAUUACAUCGUUCUUUGUUAGCCUGCUGUUUAGAAAUUGUUAUAUUUUCAUACAACUCACAAAGGUCUUUCCCAUGGAUUGUAAAUAUGUUUGAUUUAAGCCCAUACCAUUUCUAUAAAGUCAUUGAGAUUAUCAUACGAGCUGAAGAAGGCCUAUCACGAGAUGUUGUAAAACAUUUAAAUCAUAUUGAAGAAACGAUUCUCGAAUCGCUGGCAUGGAGGAGUGAGUCUCCGUUAUGGGAUGCCAUCAGAGAACAAGAAUCAGGAGUACCUACUUGUGAAGAAGUGACGCCAGCUAAUCAUGUAGAUCUAGGAAACUCGUCCAACAAUUCACCUCUUCUACAUCCACGUAUUAAAACACUUACUGUUGAAGCUGGUAAACAAACAUUAUCGCCCGUCAGAGUUAUCAAAACUUCAGAUCCAUUAUUGUCCCCUACAGGCCCCACGAUAUCCGAUCGUUUCAGCUCUCCACAGCCUGGAACUGCCAGACGACAACUGUUUACGGCUAAAUCAGAAUCGACCACACAGACUCCUACACAGACAAUACUUCAAAAACAACUGGCUGCUGGAGCGUCGGAAACAGUGGUUAUCCCGCAACAAGGAGAAUCAAUGAUCGCUGUCAUAGUGGACGGACGACAGGUUUUGAUACCACUUCAGUCCAUUAUACAAGCUCGAGUCAUGUCCACACCAGAAAAGUCACCAGCUAAACAUUUUAAACCAAAGAAAACUGGUUCACUAGCUUUAUUCUUCAGAAAGGUGUAUCAUCUAGCUAGUGUAAGAUUAAGAGAUUUAUGUGAUCAUCUGAGUAUGGAUGGUGAUGAUUUACGACGUAAAAUGUGGACAUGUUUUGAACGAACGAUGAUGAAACACAUCGAACUGAUGAAAGACAGACAUCUUGAUCAAAUCAUUAUGUGUGCUGUUUAUGUAAUUGCUAAGGUAACUGGUAAACCAGUAACUUUCCAGAAUAUCAUGAAGUGCUAUCGAUAUCAACCUCAAUCACAUAGUCAUAUUUAUAGAAGUGUGUUAUUAAGUGGACGAAGACGUCAUACGUCUGGAUCCAGUGAAGGAAGUAAAAGUGCUGCAAGUGGGACGUCCUCGCCCGUUAAUACAGAAAAAGAGGAUAAAAAGAGAGAUGUUGGUAAUAUUAGAUCUUCAAGUACCCUUCCAAUCCCUCAACCUAACAGUCAGCCCCCAACUCCAACUAAAUUAAUCGGGGCUGCUGCUACGUUUGAUUUUGGUGAAGAACGAGGAGAUCUUAUACAAUUUUAUAAUAUGGUUUUUGUAGACAAAUUACGAGAGUUUGCUUUACAGUUUUCACAGACUCAGAGUAACAAACAGCCCUGCUUAUCUCCCCUACCAUCAGUUCGUUCCCACAUCGUAUCACCUCGUCGUGUUACAACAAGUUGUCCAGUGUACAUAUCCCCUCAUAAAGCUCAGAAUAGAGUCGACUCACCUAAGGGCAUGUCGUUCUGUAUCAAUAAAAGUCCAGCUAAUGACCUCCGUGCCAUUAAUAAUAUGAUAAAAAUGGGAGAAAAGAAAAUAACUGGAAAGAGAUUAUUGGAGGUGGAUCGCGAUGACGAUUCACUCGAUAGUCCGUCGAAACGAAUCUGUCAGGGUAAUUUUCUACGAAGAUUACAAAAUGUCAACAUGGAUCGGAAAGAGGCUAAUGGACUCACAAGUUAGAAUGCUGAUCGAGAUGGACGCGAGAGUUUAUUGACAUCUGAUAUCAACCAGUGGAAUCCUGUGUUACAAAGUUGAUUGUCAUGUGAUAUCAUCCAAUGAACACUUGAGUUAAAAAGAUGAUUGACAUCAGAUGUCAUCCAGGAAACUUGAGAGUUGAUUGACAUUUGAUAUCAUUCAGUGGACUCGCGAGCUCGAAAAAAAAUUUGAUUAACAUUUAUUAUCAUCCAUUGAAAUUGUCCGAUUUAUUCUCUAUAUGUGUGUUUGUCAUCUGAUGGACUUUCUUACCAGCGUAAAACAGAUGUUUCGAUGAAUCGACUAGUUUAUUUAUUUUAUAAAGUGUAUUUUAUUUGGAGUCUUUAAGUCCCACCAAUCAAUGAGUCCAGUUAAAUUUGAAGUCGUGGAUGGACUUCCAAAUAUGGUAAUUGUUAAUAUCUCAUGUUUAAAGGAACUCAGAAAAAAAUGAAUGGUUGGUUUUAUUUUAAGUUCCACCAAUCAUUGAAUCUGUUAGUGUUGAAGUCCUGUAUGGACUUCCAAAUAUGGUAAUUGUUUACAUGUAUAUUUCACGGAACUCAGAAAAAAUGAAAUUGCUAGUUUUAUUGAGACUGAACUUGCUAGGUGUAUAGAAUCGUCAAACUGUUUUAUAAGUAUACGUAUGGGCACAAUAAACUAAGGGGUCAUUGAAUUUAAAAAAAUGAACAAUUGUAAUUCUUUAACGUGUUAUUAUAAGCCAGGAAAUGUUUAAAACCUUUAUUUAACAUAUUACAUGCUAGGAAAUAGGGGUACCUGUCAGACAUAUUGGUCAGGUACGUCCAAAAUCGUUAUUCCUCAGGCCAGUAUUAUCGAUUAGGUAUAUUCCGGAGCUUUAUUCACAAAUACUUCAACUAAAAUAUUUGAGGAAUUCAUUUCUUUCAUUGGUUGAUAUACAUGUGCAGAUAGCCAAAAUUUGUACUAGGAUUUUAUCUCUCAACCAAUGAAAAAGCUUCCUUGUGAAUUACUCCCCAGGUGUGUAAUAUUGGUCAGGUAUAUCAACACCUGUAUUAUUGAACAGGUAUAUCAAUAUUUGGAGUAUUAUUUCAAUUUAAGGUCCUAUAAAAAAAAAUAUUCUCAUAUUCAGAAAAUCUUGCACCAUGAAAAAAUGCAGCAUGAUCUGGGGUUUGUUUUUUUUUUGGAAAGAAUUGUCUAAGAACCAGAAUAUUACUUUUGUAUGGAAUAAAUAAAAUCCUGAAUCAAGUAGACCUAUAUGUAGAAAGGACUUACUUGAAUCGAAAAAAGACCAAAAUAUAUUAUUUGUUUGAACUGAGACAAAGAGUGAAAUGAAGAUGAAAAAAUACUAAUUCAAAUGGCAAUAAUUUCAGUCAGGAUGAAUGGAUUUGAGUAUUUUUUUAACAAAACAUUUUUAUAUAUUACAUCAAUUUGUGUUUUGAGUUGAUUUUUAGUAGACUCUUAAUUUUUUUUUUUAUUGUGAUGUACUGCUCCUUUAAUGCUAACAUGAUUGAAACAAUCUUUAGUAACCUGUGUACAUUAUGUUCCAAAUACAUUAGAAGUUGGGUUGGUCUUGUGGUCUAAUUCAUAUUCUUUUAGAUUAUAACAUCGGUCAUGUAACUCGCAUGCGCUGAAGUAACCUUGCUACUGAAAUUCGAAUACAAGUAAAAAGCAAACAAUAGGAAUAACCGCGCCGUCUCCCAUGUACAAAUGGAGUUUAAUGUCCACUCAACACAAACUAGGUCAUUUCAGGUCUAAAAUUGUUCAAUUUUGUUUCAAUUAUUCGUAGUGGGAGGAAUCCGGAGAUGCUGGAUAGGCGACCCUAUGCCUUGUCACGUACAAAUGAGGAAUCUAAACCACAUGAUGACAUCACUUGUCUCAGUGAUAGACCUUAUGAUCUAAAGUGCAAGCCUUAGACCAAUCAACAACUUAACUCCCCUGAUCGUCAUAGUGUAAAGAUUGGAAUUUAAUAAUAGCAUAAUGUACAGUGUAUUUUAGAUCAACUUUUAAAGGGCACUGGUUAGUUUUCUACACCAUAUUUUUUUUACAGAUAUUUUAAACGUGUUCGUAAGUUGAUCGAACCUGUUUACUUUUUUUUUAUAAUGCAACAAAUGGUCUUAACUGGGCAUUUUCUGUUCUUUUUUUGUAUAUUCUACAAAACAUUUCAUAAAUUUUUAAUAGAUUUUGAAUGCACCCCUUGGCUAGUUAAAAAGGACACAACAUGUUGUAUUUGGGUGAUGUGGUUAGAUUUGAUGUGUGUAUUUUACAAGAUAAAUACCUUUCAACAUGUCUGGGUGUGACCAACACGUUAAAUGCCUGCAUGUCGGCAGUUGUUUGGAUGCAAGUUUCAAUCGAAUGUUUGUAUUUGAUUUGGUAUCGGAGUGGCCAAGACAUCAAACAUGUUAACGUCAUCUGUGGUUUGAAUACAAGUCUCGAUAGAAUGCUUGUAUUUGGAAACAAGUUAGUUUGACUGAGAAAUGCAUAUAUUUAAGUGGCCCCAGCUCCGAUGUUAAAAUGUAACUAUCAACAACAAUCAGAUCCAAUGAAAUGUGAAGAUGGCUAGUGCACUUUUAUUAUUUUGUAUAAGAAUCAUUUUAUUUGCUAGAUUUUUUUAUCGAUUAUCAUAAAUUUUUGUAUUUAUUAUUAGUCUUUUAUGUAUAUUAACCAAGUGGAAUUGUUGUAAGAAAGUGGUUAUAAAUGGUGCAUGCUUGCCGAUUUUGUGUUUACAUAUAUAUUUGAAAAUAGUUUUAUGUUGUCAUGGAAACAUUUUAAGGAGGUGUUAUCACUCUAAGCAAGAAAAUAAAUGUAAUAACACCUUGAAUUCACCAAGUUAUCGAAAAAUCUAAGUACUGGCCUAAUUUUAGUAACACAUAUUUUUUUUUAAAAAGUUUGAUUGAACUCCCUGAAAACCGCAAAAAAGUUUCGACUCGUGACUUAAAACGUUUGUAUUUCUACCAUUUUGUAUGGAUCUUUAUAGUCGAAUCAUGGCAAAGCAAAAUUACCAGCCAGCACUAAUCCCUCUUAUCCACUGAAAGGUUGAAGAAGCUGAAAAUUAUAAACAAUGUUUUUGGACUCCUCUAAUUGUCAAAUUAUCUUUAAGACUCUCCCAAUUAUCAAAGAAAUUCUAGACUCACUGUAUUAUCUGAAAUAUAUUUAGACUCAAAAUCAAUUUAAUAAAAUAUUAUGAAAAAUAUAUUUUGACUCGCCUUUACUCACCCAAUCAUCAAAAACAAUUUGUACAUUUCAAAAUAUCUUCAAACUCUCAAAUUAUCACAAAUCAAUAAUAACGGAUGUACUGUUUAAAAAAAAAAUUAAAAUGUCUUGGGAGGGGGAGGUGGGGACACCAGGAUUGAAUCCCGGACCUCCUGCAUUGUGAACUAGUACCUUAACCACUGAGCCACUGUGGCUAGAAAACGAUGUAAAAUUAAACAAUUUACUGUUAAAUAUGCUACUCUUGUCUAGUUUAUCAGUCUGUAUAAAAUAUGACAUAGUUUAUGUAUAAAGAAAAAGAGCAUGGUUAAACUUAAUGUCCAUCAAAACAAUCAACUAAAGAAAAAAUAACCCUAUGUUAGUCUCAUAAUGACCAUUGUAUUGUGUGGACGAGACGUUUAACCCCACUCCUAUCUUAUCUAUUACACAUAAAAACUAUCAUUUUAGCUGUGUUUCUCAUCUUUUAAGAUUAAAUACUUUGAAAGUCUAAUUUUUUUACCAUGUAGAUUCUUUGAAAGUCUUAAUUUUUUUACAUGUAAAUUGUUUAGUAAUUGAACUGGAAUACACAGAUCACCAUUUUAUAGAAUACAAGCAAUGAUUAGAGAAGCUUAGUUGAAACCCCGCUCAGUAACAAACAGUAGUUGUAUUCCAUAGAAUGGUGGCCUGUCCAUGUAAAUUGUCUGACAGUGAAAUUCUCAAGUCGGUCAAAUUUCACUGUCAUUCCGUCAAGACUGGUGAUUAUGUUGGAAUUAAAAGCCCUGAUUGUGACUGUAUCAGAUCCGUAUCCAAUAAAAUCGUAUUAUUCUUGGACAUUCUAAUUCUGAGUCGGCCAAUUUUCAUGAGAGUCAUGCUUACUGUGUGCCAUCCAUAUUGAAUAAAACCAUAAUAUGUAAAUUGUCAGACAGGAAAGUUCUCCGGUCGGUCAGUUUUUACUGUCAUUAUGUCUGGUGAAUGCAACUGAAUUGAGAUCCUUGUGAUUGUAUUAAAUCCAUAUUGAAUAAAAUCAAAUAUAUUGUGUACAUAUCUACAGGGACAUAGACAUACGUAAAUAGUGCAAACUAAAAAAAACCCUGUAAAAAUAAAAAAAUUAAUAUAAUAAAAACUGAAAAAAGAAUAAUAAAAAUGUAUAAAUGGAGAA